CUGCUUGAAAAAAGAAGAAAGCGUUUAUCCGUCCACUGAAGGUCUACCAGCUGGGCACGCGAUCGCACGUGAUCUCGUGCGGCAAAGAAGAAGUGACAACCGGCUGGCCGGUGCGUAGCGUUCCGAGCAGCGCAGCCAACGAACAAGAAUUUAAGAAGGAUGUUGCACGCGGUGGCCGAGGAAGAAGCAGUGCUUUGCCCGGCACCAGCUGGGGAGCCGCGAAGCAAGCCGUCUACCUUCUCAGAACACGUGUCAGCCGCCAUCGGCUCCCGCUCGUACAUCUGGACUUUUACAGCCAUCGCCGGCAUCCUCGUCGUCUCUUCCAUGAUGGCGACGUCGGCGAGGCGUGACGACGUCGGUGGCGCCGCCUCGCAGUUAGCGGCGCACAGGCACCGGGUAUCGGGGGGCGACGCCGACGCCCGCCUCGCGGCGCCACUUUCGCCCGGCAGUGGGCUCCAGAGCGAUGGCGGGGGGCAGCGGACCAACUCGAGACACUCCGGGUUCCUCGUGCGUUCCGGCGCCGAACGCGGUCGAAAGGGGGCAGCACGGCGAUCGGCUGCGUCAGCCGAGGACCGCCAGCUGAACGCUGCCGGCGCGGAGACGGGCGAGCCCGAGUACAUCCGCCAGGUGGAUGGCUGCCGCUCGACCGUGUGCCGCUGGCAGGGCGAGUACCUGGGGGGCAAGCUGGACGAGACGGUCGACCCGUGCAUGGACUUCUACAGCUACGCAUGUCCCAGCCGCUGGUUCCACCAGGACACCCUCGCCGCCAUGCCCUACAGAUUCUACGCGGCGGGACAGCUCAUGUACCGCCUGGAGAACAUGUUCCACGAGUUCCACCAAGCCGAUGCGAGCGUGGACGCGAGCAGCCGCAACGCCAGCUUCAUGGCGCGCGCCUCGGACUUCUUCCUGCGCUGCGUCUCGAAAGAGAGGAGCCGAGGACCGUGGCCGGACCUCGAGGACCUCUUCCGUCACUAUGGUCUCGAGCGCUAUCCGUUCGAAGCAUCGCCGGAGGACACGUCGUCGUCGCUCACUCUGCCCAACCUGACCCGCGUUGCGGGGCUGCUAGACCGUGAGCUCGGAUUGGCGGCCAUCUUCCGGCCAUCGCUGACCGCUGCGCGUCGCCGCAGACAAGCCCAGAGCGUGGUCCUCUUCCUAGACCCGCCGGAGUCCACGCCCUCCCUUCGCCUCCGAGGCGUCCUGGGCAAGCCCGACAAGGACGCCCUGCUGAAUAAGAUCCUCGCCGGCUUCGCUCUCCUCAAGGCGCCGUCUCGAAGGCUCGCGAAGGAAGCUUCGCAGGUGCUUGGGGUCGACCAGGAACUGUCCGCCAUCAUUCGAGUGGGCCGCGUCGCGUCUUCUUCCGGACACUCGACUUCGGCAACUUCCGGCGCUGAGCCCCCUCGCCAUGUCGCUCUUACCAACGUUAGCACACUGGCCAUGGAGUACGGCAACAACAAGGCAUGGUCGUGGGAGGAGUACGCACGCAUUCUGCUGGGCGACGUGGUCCUCGGCAAAAAUGCCUCGAAAGAACCGCGCGUUCUUGUUCAGGUCGACAGUCCCGAACAACUGGCGCAACUGUCUGCGCUGCUCGGCAAACACGAGGUGACCGCGCUGCUCAACUACGUGGCCUUCUCGCUUGCGGUCUUUCUGUCCCCUGCUUUGCCCCACGGUGGAACCGCGCAAGAGCUGCUCCCUCUGAGCCACGGAGAGCACGUGCCUCAGGUGCCCGAAGAGCUGCAGGCGUGCGUUCACCUGCUGGCAAGAACGUACCGCUUCGGCGCCCUCUCCCUCGCCCGCCAGGCGGUCAGCCGGGACAUCAACGACGGGAACAGCUACAAGUACGAGGGCGACGUGCGCGCCCUGGUGGACGGAGCGCGCGAGCAAGUGUCCGCCCUGCUGCGCAACCGCACGGCGUGGAUGACGGCCGCCGAGCUGUGGACGGCGCUGCAGAGGCUCGACGCGUUGCGGGUGGUCUUCCUCGGGGAGCCCGACGACAGCGCGGAGCACCUGUCGCAGUACUACGCAGCUGCGCUGUCCGGCAUCGGCGCGGGACAGUCGUUGGCCCGGGCACGCGGUUCGGCGAUGAGCGAAAUUUCGCACAGCGCGACCACCUUUUCGUCGAGGUCGGCCGCCAGGGGCACCCUUCUCGAGGAGUACGUGCACCAGCAGAGGGCGACCAACGAGCUCUACUGGAACGACCCGGGGCGAGUCGAGGACAACCUCGAGACGCGGUGGCCUUCGCUGCGCGUCAAGCCGCGGGCCGACUACUUCGAGCCGCGGAACACGCUGCUCAUCUCGCCCAGCCUGGUCUCCUUCCUGUCGGCGAUAAUGGUGGACCUCGACCCGCUCGUCGUGCCCGUGCUCGGCACCGACGUGGUCCGAGCCCUGCUGAACGUCGUGGUCGGCAGCCAGCGGUCGGAGGGCGCCGGAGAGACGGGCUCGCGGGCGCCUGCGCAGCUCGCUCGCCACGUGACUCGACGCAGAGAGGACGCGAUGCGCUGCCUGGCCGAGCAGUACGCCAACGUGACGGGCGACCGCAGGGCGUGGCCCCGCUUGCGCGAGGAGCUCUUCUUCGACUCGGCUGUCGUGGAGCCCCUGUUCGAACUCUACAGGGCGUACCUCGCAAAGUACCCCGAGCUGCGUGAUGGCCCGAACAUUCCAGAGCUGCCGGGCAAGAACUCGCUGGAACUGUUCUUCGUCAACUACGCUGUGGCCCACUGCGAGCACUCGCCGCGGUCGGUGGACGUGGCAGCUUCGGCCGACGGAGAGAGGGCGCUGUCGCCGGCCGCGCGACUCAACGUGGCUCUCAUGAACUCCAGGGCUUUCGCGGCCGUCUUCCACUGCAAAGACGACGAUUUAAUGAAUCCACGCAGCAGAUGCGAAAUCUGGUGAUACAGAAGUGAUGCAGGCUGCCUGGAGAAAAACGACAUGCACAGACGACCCCACCGACCUCACGGCAAUGUCAACCUGCAGCAGGGCUGCUAGGCAUGCGGAAACGCCUUCUUUUUUUUUUUCACCACAUGGUAAAAAAAGUGUGCCGUGUACAAUCUCGA